AUGACCAAUGUGAGAGGACUCAUAGCAGUAGCAGUCAAAAGAGGAUGUGACAUAUUUCAACUAGAUAUAAAUAAUGCUUUUCUUCAUGGAGAUUUGAAUGAAGAAGUAUUUAUAGAGGUCCCUCCUAGGCUAAUGGUACCUGGACCAGGACUAGUCUGUAGGCUAAACAAGUCUCUAUAUGGCUUGAAACAAGCCAUGUAUGUUGAUGAUAUGAUACUCAUAGGAACAGAUCUUGACGAAAUAAAACUUUUGAAUAAAUUCUUACAUGAUAGCUUCAAAAUUAACGAUCUAGGAAGUGUACAGUAUUUCCUUGGAUUGAAAACUCUUUUUAAGGAUGAUGGGGUCAUCAUCAUCCCAAGAAAAUUUGUCAUUGGUCUUUUGAAAGAGUAUAAUUGUCUCAGCUGUAGUCCCUUAUCAUCACCCCUUGAUCCAAAUGUGAAAUUAGAAGCAAAAGAAGGUACACCUCUGCUAGAUCCCAGCUGUUAUAGAAAGUUGAUUGGAAAAUUAAAUUUUCUAACUAACACAAGACUGGAUAUAACUUUUAGUGUUCAACAUCUAAGCCAGUUCGUGCAAGACCCAAGAGAACCACACUUGAAGGCAUCUUAUCACUUAUUGAGACACUUGAAAGCUGAUCCCGGCCUAAGGGUUUUCUUCUCCAAAAAUGUUUACUAUACAGUGAGAGCAUGCUGUGACUUUGAUUGGGCAUCAUGCCCAGACUCCAGAAAAUCAGUAAAUAGGUAUAUUGUUUUGCUAGGAGAUAGCCCUAUCAGCUGGAAAUCAAAGAAACAUGAAACCAUUUAUUUGUCAUUAGCAGAAGCAGAAUACAGGUCCAUUAGAAAAGUGGUUGGUGAGCUAGUGUGGUUACAAAGGCUACUUGAAGUACUCACAGUCCCAUUCCCUAGUCCAAUUGUAGUAUUCUGCGAUAACCAAUCAGCACUUCACAUAGCAAGGAACCCAGUAUUCUAUGAACCAACGAAACAUAUUGAGGUCGAUUGUCAUUUCGUUCGAAACAAACUACGGGAAUGGCUCAUUUCUCUACAUCACAUUAGAAAAGAUCAUCAACUUUCCGACAUUCUCACUAAAGCAUCAACAUGGAUCAAACAUUCCAACAUCCUCAGCAAGUUGGAAGUGACAACCUCACUUCCAACUUGA